GCCCGGCCUAUAUAAGCGCGCGCGGGGAGCGCCCGCCCUCUCCCAAUUGCUGCCGCCGCCAUCAUGGAUACGAGUCGCGUGCAGCCCAUCAAGCUCGCCCGGGUGACCAAGGUGCUGGGCCGGACCGGCUCGCAGGGCCAGUGCACGCAGGUUCGUGUUGAAUUUAUGGAUGACACCAGCCGAUCCAUUAUCCGGAACGUGAAAGGACCCGUCCGCGAGGGGGAUGUCCUAACGCUGCUGGAAUCCGAACGUGAAGCAAGGAGGUUGCGUUGAUCAGCAUGAUGACUAAUCCUGGUGCAUCUACCUUUCAUUCUACACGGCUGUAAUGAAGUAGCAGUGAACAUCUGUGCUGCCAGACGUGCAUGAAGAGGGGCAUUGCAUUUCAGUGACUAAAAUAAAGGAUUUUUUUUUUCCAGUA